AGAUGAAUCACUUACGGUAAUAUAACUGUAAGGCAAAGAUUAAUUGCUUCAUCUUCUGUCUGUUUGUUGGUUGGAAACGGUCGUAGCAUUCAUUUACUGGUUUUCAGCUCGUUCAAGAUUCAAAGUUGUUUUGUCGGUUAUUGGAAACGGGGAGAAAUGUUGAAUUUUCUAUGGCUAGUUCCAUUGUUAUGUUUAAGUAAGGGUGACCAAGGAGACGUUGAAGUUCGGCGGGAUGCUGCAAAUUUUGAUGUUGAUGCCUAUUUAGAGAAGUAUGGGUAUUUACCACCAAGAGCAGAUGAUACCGGGACACCAUUUUCUCACUCAGAACACAGCAGACGACAUGCCAUCAAGUUAUUCCAGAAGUUUGCUCAUUUACCAACAACAGGACAGAUCAACAAAGAAACAGUCAAUAAGAUGAGACAACCUCGUUGUGGUUUUCCCGACAUUAUACACACCAAUGAUCACAACCCAGACGAUCCCCUUAGAUAUACAGCAGGACCUAAAUGGAAAAAUAAAACGGUGACGUGGAGAAUAACUUCAUACACAGAUAAACUAGAGAUUAAUCAACAAAGAACGGCCAUAGAAAACAGUUUCCGCCAUUGGGAGAAGGCCAGCGGACUUACAUUUAUUGAAAUCAACGACACGGCAAAUAUAAACAUACAAUUUGCAUCUGGUAACCAUGGAGAUGGAAUAAGAAACGCUUUCGAUGGUGCAGGAGGUGUUUUGGCUCAUGCAUACCUGCCUGAAGACGGACGUGCACAUUUUGACAAUGACGAGUUUUGGGUGUUUCACGAAUCCGAGGGCGCAGAGGGCGUAGAAAUAGAAAUGGUUGCUACUCACGAAUUAGGUCAUUCUCUUGGAUUGGGUCAUUCGACGGUGACGGGGGCAUUGAUGGCACCGUUUUAUCAACAUUACAAGGAGAACUUUACUUUAAGCUGGGAUGAUAUUGCGGGCAUACAAUAUCUUUACGGUACUCCCGAGGUUCCCUCAUCAGAAAAAGAAGAGGAGAAUACCACAUCAAGUAUAGAUGAAAACUUGUGCACAUCAAAUAUUGAUGCUGCCAUUCCAGGUGAAAGUGGUGAACUUCUGAUAUUUAUUGGUUCAUUAGUCUACAAACUCUAUGAAGAUUGUGAAGGAAAAAUUACCUGUGUUUUUGAUGGUUAUCCGAAAAAAAUAAAGAAAGUUUUUAGGAAAGGACCGAGACGUGUGAAAACUGCUGCAUACCUGCCGGAUAAACGAAAACGGACGUAUUUGUUCAAGGGACGAAAGGUCUGGCGUUACACUGGCAAAAGGUUAGACAAAGGAUAUCCGAAACAAAUGAGCAAACACGACAUACCUUACAAGCCAAAUGCAGCUUACAUUCAGAAGAAUCAGCUUGCCGACUACCAAUUGUAUAUUUUUGGGAGCAAGUAUUUCUGGGAGAUGAACCUAUAUAGUGACGGGAUAACCAAUGGAGUUAUGAAGACAAAGACAUAUUGGCCUCAUGUUCCGUCCAAACCUGACGCAAUGUUGCAAACGAGGGAAGGAUCAAUCUACAUCUUCAAGGGAAAGUAUUACGAUAGGUACGACCAUAGAAGAGUUCUUCUAGACAAGAAGAAAUCGAUCGCACGUGAUUUGCUUGGUGCUGACUGUUCGGAAUAAGUCAGACUGGGACACUACUGAAAAUACCAGAUAAUAGAAAUAUAGUUGUUUUAUCUUAUAUAUUUCUGCUUUUGGUCUGUUUAUAAAUGUUUAUUACCCUUCCAGAUUUUUUCCGCCUUUUUGAUUGGAUAUUGAUCACCCGAAAGAAAUUGAUAUUACCGAGCCAGACGGGUAAUAUACACAUUAAAUUUCCCCGAUGGGUACCCCACGUUGUAAACAACAUGCGCCGUGCGAUGCGCGUACGGUUUGAUUUUACGCGAUAUAAAUUCCAAUUUACAAGCAAUUUUAAACUGUCAAGUGAUAAAUAUUUAAAAAAAUAGAGUAAUGAUACAUAUUCUCGUCAGUAUAGGAAACAAAUAUGACCUUGUGAAAGCUUGAUAUUAAUUCCAAAAAAGUGCGUUCAACAGACUACUCCUUUUCUCUUGUUUACAUCCGUUAUGUUCGAAAGACAAUACGUCAUGUAUUUGUGACGUCAUGUUAUGGUGAAGGGGUAUCCUAAAGGGAAUCUUAUUCCGACGUUUCAUUUGAAGUAGCAAUUAUUUAUUUUUAAAAUUGUCUUAACUCGGCACGGGAAGGGUAAUAAAAUUUUUAUUUUGGUUUUGGAGUGAUAUAUGUGGAUAUAUUACCUGCCAAGAUAUAAAAUCUUAACAGGUAAUAUAUCCACAUAUAUCACUCCAAAACCAAAAUAACAUAUAAUAUAGAUAUGGCUUAUAAACUCGUCGCAUACAUUGCGAAAUACAUACCACUUUAUAUCAUUUCAUUUGUUAUAAAAGAUCAUUUCCAUAUUAAGUUAUAUGAUAUUAAAUUGUGCCUUUAAAGUUCUAUUUAAAGUUAUCCGACGGUGAUGUCGUAACACUUAACAUUUAGCACGUGUUUAUCAGCCACUACCAUGUCAUUAACGUGCAUUUAAAUAAAUUUAUUGUAUUAGUUCCCCUACAGUCAAUUUUGUGCACGAGGUAUUAAUUUAUUCAUGUUUUACAUGCUUUUCUUUUCAUGCUUAAUUGUAAAGGUGCGAAAUUCUUGCUAUAAAUUGGCAAAUUUUUAUAUGUUACGAGGUGAAAUAAAAUAAAUAAGUAAA